AUGAUUCUCCGUCACCGAUGCAAAUGCGUCUCCUCCACUCCUGUGUUGGAGUCGAGUGUCUUCUCUGCUAUUAUGGAAGAAAGCAGCGUUAAAGUUGAUUAUGGCAUUCACUCGUCUGUUCCGCCACGUCCGUCUAAAAAAAGGAGCUUUGUUAAUCUUCUGAAGAAGUUUUUGGAUAACAGUUCACGUAGUCAAACCGAUUGCGUGUCAACUCUGAAUUUUUACCGAAAGAGUUGUGCAAUUGCCUCUGAAAGCGAUAAGAAAGACAGGGGCAAUAAAAGUGUUCUUGAAAAAGCGCGCAAAAUUUCUUCAGUCACUAAGUCUAUGGAACCACUUGAAAUUUCUCAUCGCAAAAAAUCAAUGCAGACGGACGCGAUUCCUAAAUUAAGUACACCAUCGGGUCUGGAGAAUCUCGGAAAUACGUGUUACCUCAACGCCAUUUUACAGUGCUUAAGGUCAACGGAACUUGUUCGUGACUAUUGCGACACAUAUGACGAUAUCUCUAGCAAGCAGCUUAGGUUGAAUGGUAAUUUAUUUCCAACUUUUGCCGCUCUGAUAAGAAAAAUGGAGUUAGUAAACAAUGGAAGAAUUGGAUCAAGUACAAUACAGAGAUUCAAAGAUGAAUUUACGAAAUUCGUCCCUUGUUAUGGUGGAAAUCUACAACAGGACGCCUCCGAAUUCCUCACUUACUUAUUGGACGGACUGCAUGAGGAGACAAAGGAGCGUCCACAAACUCCCACUCCCAAUGAAUCAACCCUAACGAGGCCGAUCUCGACUGUGGCAUCACCACCAGCAUCUAUUGUGCCAGCUAAAUGUGGGCGGCGUUACAAGCUGCGGAUGGGUGGACUCAAAAAUAGUGAGAGCAGUGGAAAACUAAAUGCGGCCAUUGGCAGGGAUGCAGAAGCGUGGCCCGACACUACCACUUUUUACCAGUCCAAACCAAAACGGAAGAUGUCAAGGCUGCGUCGAUCACAGGUACGCGCCGUGUCAAUCAGCCGUGUUGACAGCCUCCGUCUCGAUGACCUCUGUCAGCCUGGCCUGUAA